AUUCUCCAAUGAAGCCUCCUGCUCGGAAGAUGUUGGAGAAUGUCCUGGAGUGUUAUGCUUGUAAAAUGAAUAAUUUUGUGCUCAAGGUACCGGCCACUGUAAAUGAAGAAGGGAGAACGAGGGCGGUACCGGGGAUUAGGGAACAGAGGCAACGCGAGGCCGAGAAACGCGCCGAGACGUUGAGGCGGGAGCACCUGACGCGAGAGAUCCAGCUCGGCGCACUGAACACGCGGCGUUACCGCGCGCUGUGGCGUGAGGUGAUGAUGAGGAUCAAGAUGCCGCGGAUCGUCGAGGACGUGGAAGUCGCCUGGCGCAACUUCGAGCGAGCUCUUGAUAGCAAGGACUACAGAAUAAGUUUCUUGAUGGACGAAUUGGACGAGGCGGAAGAACAAUAUCAGAGGAACGCGAGAUCGCACGCCGAGACUAUCGACCGGCUGUUGAGGAUGUACGCUGACAGAACGGACCGCGAAGAGAGGAGUUAUCGAAGGGUCUUGAAUGAUUCGCUUGACCGGAGAGACAACGAGGUCGACGAGAUCCGUCGUCGGCAGGAUCAGGCUGAGAUUCUGCUGCACGCAAUCACCCGCGGCGUUCAGCGGCAAUCGGAGGAGUCGUUGGAUAACUUCAAGAGCAUCACACUAAGUAAGAUCGACGCGUUCGUGGAAGACAGCAAGGAUAUUCGCAGAAUUUCUGCGACUCAGCUCGAAAAUCAGUUACAGAGCUCGUGGAACGAUCUGCGACGCGUCUUGUCGGAUUAUCAGAACAGAACAGAGGACCGUCGGAAAUAUUACGAGGCGCUCAGAGAAAAGGACGAGCUGGAUCGGCAAGCGAUAGCGCGACAAUUUGUGCGUAUGGCAAACCUUUUCGAGGAGACACGAAGGCUGCGAAGUAAAAUUGCAGCCUACGACGCUGCUGCCAGGAAGGACAUCUCCGAAAUUUCAACCGAGCACGAUUUCUUCCAGAAAGCUUACCGGACUGUGAAAAACCGCUUCCUGUCAGAACAGACGAAGGACAAGGACCAACUGAGGACACUGUCGGUCGAAUAUAACAAAACGGUGAAGCACUUGGAGCGCCUCGUGACGAAAGGCAAGCGACUGCUCACAUUGAUGGAAAUCUGCCGCAAAUAUGAGUCGCACGACGAGAAAGUAUUUCUAGUUACCGAUUGCACGAGGUUGGAGGAGCUUCCGUUCCUGUCGUUGGAUCGAGUCUCCGUUCCGCCCGAGUGGGAUGUAUCUCGCCAGGUCAAUCUCACGCUCGAAACGCGUGCAUAAUUAAAUCGUGGAAUUUUAACGAACGUUUAAAACAGAUCACCGAGGACUUUCGGGAUCUGACGUGGUUCUGGCAGCGAUUAGGCUCCGAACAGAUAAGCACCGUCCAGUUGCGGUCGGAGAGGGAUAGAUUAGGGAUCGAGGCGGAUCACUUGCGCGAGUGUCUCAAAAUGUACAUGACGCAAAAGGUGAGAGAGGAAAUGCGGAAGUAUAGUGUAUAAAAUAAUUUAAUCACCCUCAUCCGCGUGACGAACGAGUUACAUCUGCCACGACCUUUCCUUCCUAACGUAAGAUGCGUACGUUGUUACCGAUCAUCCACGUCAGCACGUAGAUAACAAUCACAACAUUUAUCGUGACAAUUUUUUCUUAUUAUACCUAUAUAAGAAAAUUUUACAUAAUUUUACAUAAA